AGUGCCGUAUAUUCGUGGAGAUGGUCCUCCCUUUUAUAAUACUCUUCCUCUCCGUAAUUAUAGUUUCUGAAGCAGCAAAUUCUGAUAUGAGGAAUCAAACGAAUGUCAUACGAAUUACCACAUCAGCCUUAGGUCUGUUUUUCAAUCGUCCCUGCCAAGAAAGCCAUUUUAGUGGUCGUAAGGCGCUUUCGUCAUUGAUCUAUAAAACGUUAAAUGCCAGUUGCGUAUAUGGAAAAGUGUCUCCGAAUAUCCCGAGAAAACUUUUUAGUAAUCUACGGUUUGUUGAACUAUUUCAGUUAAAAAAUCAGGAUGCAGAUAUUGCUCUAUCUACAUUCGAAAUUCAGUACGAACGUUCUCAAUAUGUAGAUUUUGCCAUACCCCAUUUAACAACUUCAUUCACUUUCAUGAUACAAGUAAAAAAAAAUGAAAUCGAUUGGCAAACAAUUGUAAGUGUUCUUUCUUUAGAGGUGUGGCUGGCACUAUUGGGUUGCAUUGUUCUGCUUGGAUUAUAUCUUCGUUGCAUCAUUAGAGACGAAGACGAGAAACCUUUGCCUAUAGGCCGUUUAUAUUGGUUUCUUAUCGUAACUUUAACUAACCAAGGUGUCAACAUAAAUGCCAUAAAUCGACUUAAGUCCAGAAUAACUUUCGGAUUGUGGUUGUUAUCGAUUAGUGUUCUGAUAUGGGGAUAUGGCAACGUGUUAGCAUCGUUGCUGACCGUGCGGGGAAACGUAUCCGUCCCAAAGACAUUCGAAGAACUUGCAUCCGCUCUUGAAAGAAGAGAGUAUACCUGCUUCGCGAAUAUCCAUUACGAUGAAAUUGAAAACUUGAACGUAAGUACAAAAUUGUUUUAG